UACCCAUUGUAGCUGCAAUUAAGGCAGAAUAAGGAAAUAAAUAAUUGACUCUUUGAUCUGGGGGUGUAAUGUUAAGCAUUUAGUUUCUUUGAUAUGGGGUGGGAACUAAAGUUCAGUCGCGAGUUGGCAGGGGCACUAUUAAGCGUUACACCGGCUUAUUAUCUGAUGAACACUAUUAGAGUACAGACAACUUUUCAGUACCUCUGAUUAAGAUCAACAAGGAAACAUCUCAUGUUCAUAGUGCAUCGAAGAAUUGAAGCUGAACUAAUUUUCUCUGGAGUAAAGCGGCCAAUGAGGGUGUCCACCUUCUUCUUGCCCGUGACAAAUGUUGAGGCCAGAGUGAGGACAGAAGAGUGUCCAAACCAACUUUUGUCUCAUGAGUGUGUAUAUGCCAUCCAGGCACUGUCAGUGACCAGGGCUGUGGCUGUGGUGGGCCUGGCCCAGGGGGCCUGUGUACACAUCGCUCCAGGCCCUCGUUGACCUGUGCUGCUCACGCCAUGGAUCCACAGAGGGACAAGUAUGGCGAGCGGCCUGCCAGGAGCACUAAAGUUUCCCAAGGAAGUCGCAGUGGACACUCCUCCAGACCGUCAGGCUCUUCAAGCUCCUCAGGGGUUCUUAUGGUGGGCCCAAAUUUCCGUGUUGGCAAGAAGAUUGGCUGUGGAAACUUUGGGGAAUUGAAGCUUGGUAAAAAUCUCUACACCAAUGAGUAUGUAGCUAUUAAACUGGAACCAGUGAAGUCAAGGGCACCACAGUUGCAUUUGGAAUACCGGUUUUACAAAACGCUGGGAACUACAGCUGAAGGGGUGCCCCAAGUCUUUUACUUUGGACCCUGUGGGAAAUACAAUGCCAUGGUUCUGGAACUCUUGGGCCCAAGUCUGGAGGACCUCUUCGACCUCUGUGACAGGACUUUUUCAUUGAAGACUGUCCUCAUGAUCGCAAUCCAGUUGAUAUCUCGAAUGGAGUAUGUGCAUUCUAAGAACCUCAUCUAUAGAGAUGUAAAACCAGAAAAUUUUCUCAUUGGACGACAAGGGAAUAAAAAGGAGCAUAUUAUCCACAUUAUUGACUUUGGCUUGGCCAAAGAGUACAUCGACCCCGAGACCAAAAAACACAUUCCAUACCGGGAGCAUAAGAGCUUGACUGGCACAGCCCGCUACAUGUCCAUCAACACACAUUUAGGCAAAGAGCAAAGCCGACGAGAUGACCUUGAGGCCUUAGGUCACAUGUUCAUGUAUUUCCUUCGUGGGAGUUUGCCAUGGCAAGGACUUAAGGCUGACACAUUGAAAGAGCGAUACCAGAAGAUCGGAGACACUAAACGAAACACUCCCAUCGAGGUCCUGUGUGAGAACUUCCCAGAGGAGAUGUCCACCUACCUACGAUAUGUACGGCGGCUGGACUUCUUCGAAAAACCAGACUAUGAAUAUCUGAGGACGUUAUUCACCGAACUGUUUGAGCGCAAAGGGUACACCUUCGACUACACAUAUGACUGGGUUGGCAGGCAGAUACCCACACCAGUGGGAUCUGUCCAUAUAGACUCUGGGGCUUCUGCAGUCACAAGAGAAAGCCAUCCUCACAGAGACCGAACUUCAGCACACCCGCCAAUUAGAAAUCAGCAGACAGCAGUCUCUGAUCGACGAGGAGCAUGGGAGGCGCAGCCCACUCGCCAAGCAAACUCCUCCUACCUCACCUCCCACCUGGCAGCGGACAGGCACGGGGGCUCAGUGCAGGUGGUCAGCUCAACCAACGGGGAGCUGAAUGCCGACGAUCCACUCGCAGCUCAUUCCAAUGCACCGAUUACUGCCCAAGCAGAGGUGGAAGUAGUCGACGAGGCCAACUGCGUGAAAAUGCUCAACCUGUGGUGCUGCUGCUUCUUCAAACGGAAACGGAAGAAGAACACACCGCGACACAAAUGAUCGUCUCCAAGCCGCCUGAAACACUCUGGCUCACUUGAUUGUGCUGGCAGAAAUCAGUGAGGUUCCUUUCAAAAUACAAGCGAAGGAAAAGGGGCGCUCUUCAUUGCAGUGUUUUCUGAAAGGACCAGUAAAAUGUUUUUUGUUAUGUUUUUUUGACACUUUGGUCAUUUGUUGGGAACCAAAUUUUUCUCUCCCAAUCCAGGAUGUGCGGGAUAACAUUUUGUUGGAACUUUUGCAAAGCAUUAUUUUGUUGAAGAUGCAUUUUUCUCCUUUUGGCAUCAAUUUCCCUCCUUUUGUGUAUGAUUGUUCAACUGGCUAAAUCGUAUUUUUCAUCUCCCCGUCGCUAACUCUUUUUGAUCGGAAAGCCCUUUUUGGGCGUUGCUGACGUGGGACUGAAUGUAAACCGUGACACACGAGGAGCCGUUAGCUUCAACUGCUUUUAAUAGCUCCUGCACUUUCUGCCUCCAAAGAGGUGAGCAAGAGGAGACCACACAUGCACGCACGCCCGCCUGCACGCACGCCUCCUGCACUGUGUUCUCCGAGGUCAACGCACCCCUUUCGACACACUACAAUCCCUCCAGACUCUUGUCCUGUUUUGUGAACACUUGAAGUCGGGCCGGAAGAAGCUAUUUAUGAUAUUUAUCUCGUUUGCCACCAAUUUUCUUACUAAUUUCUCCAACAUACACACUGAAUGUAUGAACAGAAAAGUAAAUGACUCAGUGUCCCGUGAGGGGGAAGGAAAAAGACCAAUGUUAUAGGUGAGACCAAAACUAAUGUGGAAAUAACUGACUGUAUAGCAGUAGUGGUUUUGGAGCUUCUUAACACUACUGUUCACUGCCUUAACCCCAAACAAGCAACCUCACUUGACUGGUGGAAAGAAGACUUCCUGAUCUGAGGGUUGUUGAUUUUGCAGCAGUUUGAGGGGUUCAGUGAUAUAUUGAAAUUAACAGGAAAAAAAAGUGGUCCAGCCUGACUGCAAAACAAUCCCGACUGUUCGGAGGGGCUGCCUUGAAACAAUCUCCUUCUUGCCUAUCCUCCAAACCCAGUUUUUAUUUAGAUUUUUUUUUUUUAAUUGUCUUGCUAAUGUGAACAUUUUUAAAUGCAAUUGUUUGUUCAAUCCAAAUAGCCAUGGCUUUAUGAGUGAGGAAGGGUAGCAAUGUUUGGAGGGGGGAAAAAAUGUAUAAGACCAUGACUGCACUACUCCAUUUUUGACCCCAGCUUUCGUGCUGUGUUCCUUGAUGUUUUAUGUUCAAGUGUUUCCGCCUCACGUGCCAGGCGUCCUUUCCCACAUGUGCAGGGAAUACACAUUCCGUUUUCAACCCGCCAACCCGCUCUUUUUUUUUUUUUGAGAGAUAGCGAGAACCAGAAGUGGUAUUUGCUAUGUGGCAAAAUUAGUUUUGCCAUGUGGCAUUCUUUUGGUAUGUGGCAAAAUUGAUUUUGCCAUGUGACAUUUUUUUUGGUAUGUUGCAAAACCGAUUUUGAUAUGUGGCUUUUUUUUUUUUUUUUUUUUUUUUUUUGGUAUAUGGCAUUUUUGCAGGCCAUGCACGUCCAAAUUUUCCAUUCAUUUUAAAUGGCAGAACAACAUGUGUGGCUGUGAUUUUUGACUACACACAUCAUGUAUUACUAUUCCAACACAUUGACAUUCAACUGGCACCCAAGUAAGGCUAUUUACGGCUAUGAACGGCCAAAUUUUCUUUUCCUAUUAAAUGGCAGAAAAACAUGUUUGGCUGUGAUUUUUGACCAUACUUACCAUUACAGCGAACUAACAUUCAACUGGACUGCACAGCCGUCAAUGGCAUAGCCUGACUUGGGUGCCAGUUGAAUGUCAAUGCACUGUAAUGUAAAGUGUAUGGUCAAAAAUCACAGCCACACGUUUUUCUGCCAUUUGAAAUGAAUGGAAAAUUUGGACGUGCGUAGCCGUCAAUGGCAUGGAUGUGCCUGGCCUGCAAAAAUGCCCCAAAAAAUGCCACAAACCAAAAUCCAUUUUGCCACAUACCAAAAAAAUGCCACGUGUCAAAAUACAUUUUGCCACAUGGCAAAAAAAAUUCCACAUGGUAAACUCAAUUUUGCCACAUGGCAAAAUCAAUUUUGCCACAUGGCAAAAUCAAUUUUGCCACAUACCAAAUACCACUUUUCGUUCUCGGCCCUGCUGCUUUUUUUUGGCGUGCCAUGCCCCCGUCCCGCUUAUCCUCCGCGUCCACACAAAAGCAUGCACACAUACGUACGCAGACAUGAAUCCGUUCUCACUGGAUGGCUGGAUGCGGAGUUAAGCGACAAUGCGCCUGCAUCUCUUUUGAAUACAAUGUUGUAGAUGUCUGCUAAUUAUCUCACUGAAUCCAUAUACUUGUCGCGUGUAUUUACACUGUAUAGCUUUUGGUUUGUCCUUAGCCCUCACGACUCACAUGAGGCCUAAGUAGUGUUAUUGAAAGUACUUGAAUAUGAGCAUCUACGGGACCUUUUCGGAAAGUUUAAGUCAUCGUUCUAAUCGUAACUAAGAGGAACGGUGGGAAAAUAGGCUAUUUGAAUGACAGGUAUUCCUUUCGGGACAUCGCCGUGCCUCUUGGCUGUGCUGGACAGGCCGUUUUUGUCAGAGUGAGAUGUUCAUAUAGAACGCCUUUAGUCUCUAAAGCUGUGGCAAGUGACUCCCAAUAACGCCACAGCUGCAGCGCCCUGAGAGAAAGUGUUCCUGCUAGUGAGGUGGAUAUCCAGACGAAAUAGCCUUUCAUCUUUCCCCUGAAUUCCUCUAGUGCCAUUCCUGAGACUACUACAAGUCCAUGCCUUUGACCUAUGCCAGGAAAGUUGAAUGUUUUUCUUCAUUUUGUUUGACCAUCUCAUUCCACGUCGUGUCCUGGGUUUCAUUGUGUUUGACAUCCAGAGCUGUAGUGUCAAAGCUUAACUCUUUGGCUCCCAUUGACGGCGAUAGACGUCCAAUCUGUUUGAACGAUGAGGGUCGGCAGCGAAUGAACAUUUGUUCAUUCACUGCCGGCCCCUCACCGUUAAAACGGAUUGGAUGUCUACAAGUGACAAAUUUAUCGUCAAGAGAGCUUAGGACAGUUCAAGUGGGUUUGAAUGGCGUCAUACUUUUUGGCUUCUCUGGCACUUUUCCUAGUUGCUGUACUGUAGAAUCGUCUUGGACUUAACUGUUAUUUUCUUUGAGAAGAAGGUGACAUUUACUGCAAUGUUGUGAUGCUUAUUUGAGAAUUGUAAAUUGUACAGACUUCACAGUUGUAGUCUUGGUUCGUUUUGUUGGGAUUCUAUACAAAAGCUGUAUUCAAGUAUAUUUUCCCCCUCCGCCUUUCUAACUGUGGAAAAUCUAGUUGUACAGCUGCCAGAGUUUUAUUUCCCUCGCAGAGCUACGAUUAAGAAAACGCUUCGAAAUGUAAAUAUUGUUUAAAUAUGAAUGUCACUUCAGAAAUGUACUUUGAGUUUGUACAAGGGCUUCAAAAGCGAAGGACCCGAGUUUAUUUUUUCUUAUUAAUUCUCGAUUUUUAAUUUGGCUGAAAAAGCUCGAUCUGUUUUUUUGUUUUUGUUUUAAAUCUAAGUUUUCUGUUGUUCUCCUUGAAUUCAUGUUCUAAGAUUUGUUCCUCAUGAAAAAAAAAAUCACAUUUUAUUCCCACCACACCUAAAGGGAAGUCCAGUUUGCACCCUUUUUUAUGUAAAAUAAAAGAUUUCUCCACCUUU